AUGGACACAGUUGAAGGAAUCAUGUCUGAUCAGUCAAACAUAACCCUCUUAUUUGAGAAGUUUUUCAUACAGUAUUACAAGGACUAUCUGGCUCAACAAAAGCAGUCAGCAGCCCUGAAUAAAACCCUUCAGGAGGAAAAUUUUGAAUUUGCUUACUUAUACAUACUGGUAAUAUUUGGCAUCUUCACAACCAUUAUUAUUUCCAUGCUGGCCAGCACAGUGAGAUCAAGGAGGCAAGAACACCAGAAUGAUCCAUACCACACCUACAUCGCUAACGAUUCAAGGAAAGCAAGGAAGGAAAAGAGGUUGAGCUCAGAUAUUCCAAAAUUCUACAUCAAUCAAAAUGUGGCCAGGGCACUUCAGAACCUGUCUGAUCAAGAUGAUACCGUCACUCUCCAUUAUAAAUGA